AUGAGUCUUUUUGACCGGCCUGGCAUUGCAGUUGAGGAGGAGCUAGUUCAAAUUUCUGGUGGGACAAGUUUUCCAAACCCAACCAACAUCUGGGAUGACAAUGAUGAUGACGGCCCGGUGCAACCCAGUGGUUCAGGUGGAGCUCAACCAGUUGAUCAGAAUGAAGUUCAGUUGGUUGAUGAUGGGACUGGUGAAGAAGUUCCUAAUCCAAGUUUACGUUUGGAUGCUCCCACAACACCUUUGCAUCUCUUAGAAGCUCCCUCUACUCCUACCUCACCAAGGAGAGAUCCCACAGUCAGGGUGCAUGAGAACGAAACAGAGGAGGAGCAGUCACAGAAACGACCCAAAUUGGAGGCAGCAAAGAAGGCCAGACUUUACAUGCUGACAGAGGAGCGCAAUACAAUGGAGGAGUUUCAAGAAACAUCUCAACGCGCUGGUGGACGUGACAUGGUUCAGCUGGCAAAGAUGGUUGCCAGAGUCAUUGCAACAAUGGGCCUUGGGCCAACAGGCGCGAUGGGUCAGCCAACAUGCAUGGCAGGCUCAGUCCCUUCAACUGACAAGUGGUGGUUCACAGUUGGAGUGAUGCUUUUGGUUUUCAUCCUGAUCUCAUUUGCAAUUGGAUGUUUUGUGGUGCGUCGGUACGUGAAGAACCUUCUUCACGAUUUGUACCAUCUCAGUGUUCAAGUUGCAGAAGCUGACACGACCAUUGGUGAACACAUGGUUGCAGUGCCACAACUUCGAAAUGAGGUCAAUGGUUUACGUUUGCAGUUGGAUGAUGUGAGUCAGCGAUGUGUCAUGCUGACAACUCAACUUGCACAGUUUGAAGGAGAUAUGGAAACCUUGAGCGACCGACAGGAUGGCUUGCACUAUGGUUUGGUUGAAUUGGGAGGAUACGUUCGAUCCCAUGAGUUGACAGCAGCUCAAAGGCGCCACAUGUAUACACAGGAACGUGGCAAUUUGGUUGCAAGGACAACUAUGGGUGCCAGCCAGUACCUCAGGACAAUCAGAACACAGUCCAGAGGUUACACCCAUGGUGAGGAUACAGAUCCUCCAGUUGAACCAGAAGUGACUGCUGCCAGUUCCAAUGCAGCAGCAGCAGCAACAGCUAGCAGCAGCAGACCUCACAACGAGGUGAAUGCCGAGAAUGCAGAAAGUUCAAACCCCACUUCUGACAUGAAGGUGGACAGUGUCACACUGAACCCAAAUCGAGACAUCAGUACACGUCGUGGAGAACUUGAGGUGACAAUCGAUGACCUGCGGACAGAAUUGGAUCAGGCUUUGACUUCAGAAGCCUGGGAGGAUGCUGCAGAGCUUCAACAUACAAUUCUGAUCUUGCUGGAUCGAUUACAGACUCAUGACCUACGUGAUCGAGAUGCCAGACGUGAAACUUUUCAGCGUAUGGCUGAUCGCAUGGAAAACCUUUCCAGACGUGCCCGAAAUCGAGGAGAUGGAGUGUUAGCAAAUCAGUACAUGGACUAUGCAGCAAGCUACCGAAAUUCCAUUUGA